UGAAUACUUAAACGAAAACGAAAGUGUUCGUAAUGUUUUUCUAAAUUGGAUUUAUUGGUAUAUUGAAAGUAAAAAACAAUUUUUAGAAUGAGUUUUGCCGUCGAUGACGAAGUUCUCGCUAAUAUUAAAAUUCAAGAAGAUUCCGAUAAUGAAGUUUUUGGAGCAGUGUUCGCAGAGGAAGAGAAAUUAAAAGACGACUUUCUUGAUCCAAUUGAAUUGCAGAGGAAAUGCGAAAACUAUUGCGAAGAUCCGCUUCAACAUGAGGGGAAAAUCGACGUAAUCGAUUUUCCUUGGCAAUAUGAAGAGAGUGAUUUUUUAAGAUCCCAUAUAUUAAAUGGAGAAGACGUAGAAAACUAUGAGGUGAAGAAGGAAUUUUCUAAGGGAAAACCGAGAAAACCUAAUAAAAUUCUAUGGAGUAAGGAGCCUGGGAAUACCGUUUUAAACGAUUUGCCAGAUUAUCAACCUUCUGGAAAAGGCCCAGCUAAGAAUGUUUUCAGCCCUGUAGAAGCUUGGCAUCUGCUUAUGGAUUUACCUAUAUUGACACAAAUUGUUAAAGCAACAAACGAGUUUAUAAAAUCGCUCAGAAGCAAAGAACUUCACCACAAAACGACAGAUGUGAUCGAACUUCGAUCAUGGUUAGGCCUUAAUUAUUUAUGCGGUGUUUUACAUAACAAUGAAAACGCCCGACCCAUGGAGGAAUUAUGGACACUAGAACUAGGAAAUGCUAUAUUUCGAGCGUCCAUGCAUUAUAAACGUUUUGUCUUUCUUGCUGAAUCUAUACGCAUUUCGGAUACAUACCCGGAUGGUAGCAAACUUACGUCUGUUAUCGACGAGAUAGGAACUGUGUGGGAAAAAUUUAUUAUUAAUUGUCGCUCGUACUAUACUGCAAGCAACAUUUGUAUGCUGGACGAUUUUGUAAUGGAUUCAUCUGCUGAUUUUUUCAAUUCAUUUGAACAUGCUUCGCCUUCAGAAGAUGAAAAAAAUUGCGUUCGAUUUGUUACCUUAUGCGAUGCGAAGACAUUGUACAUAAGUAAUGCUUUAAUAACCAGAGGAAAUAAAUAUUUGGACGAAGAAGUCUAUCAAAUAUCGAGUGAUAUUAAAAACACCAGACGCUGUCUAUGUCUUAACGAUCGUUACACUAACAGCAAUAUGAUGAUCAAUAUGGGCAAGUUACAACAAACACAACUUCAAGUGGUUGGAUCUUUAUCGAGAACUGAAGGGGUGCCAACGCAUCUCGUUAAAUCGAUGGCGACUCCUCAGGUGUGGUAUUCGAAAAAUGAUUUGAUGUUAAUAUCUGGAUGCGAAACAGAAAUCAGCCAAGCAGGUUUGCUAUUAGCCAGCGGCCUUUCAACGCGUGUUAGCGCAAUAAAAUUGUAUAAAAUUGCAAGAUCAAGCAAUAGACGUGCACAUAAUCAAAUGAACAUUUAUAAUACAGCGUACGGGAAUCCGGCAAUAGCCCAACUAGGGUGGCCAAGAAAAUUUUUAUAUUUCUUACUGAAUAUGGCUGCUUUUAAUGCUUGGAUAUUGAUGCGGUUAUCGGAAAAGGGCGAUUCUCGUAUGGAACAACGCGAUUUUCAACGCCAAUUAGGUCUGUUUUUGACGCAGCAACAAUUAAAACAACGUUUGCAUUCAAACCAAAAAUUAUCGGUAUCAUUAAAGUUGCAGAUAACAGAAGUUUUGGGAGAAGAUGUGGAAGCCGUUUUAAGUGGCAUUACCAAAAAGAGAACUUUGCAUUUGCCUGCUAUCCCAGCUGAUAAGGCUUUAAUUCCGGAAGGUGUCGUUCUGCAAGCGCGAGAAAACGAGAGUCGUCGUCGCUGUAGAGGAUGCCGUUCAAGAAAUGGUACAAAAAUAAGAACGCGCUGCCAGCAAUGUCUGAUACCCUACUGUAUGCGUCACUUAAUUUCACGUUGUGACAAAUGUUCAGGUGUGAAUUUGAAAUCAGACGUACCAGGAAUUCAAAAUAAAAUUACGUAAAUAUCAAAAACGAA